GCAGCGGUUAUCGUGUCUCAGCGUGUCGUGUGGGCUGGCUGGGAGUGAGAGAGACUCUCAGAGUGAGGCAGCCGCUCACUCUUUACCCUCCGCCGCCCUGCAGUUCACACCAUGAGGCUGUCCGCCGCUCUCCGACACGCCUGCCGGACCAGCCGGUCUGGAGCCGGCCAGGUGAGGGUGCUCAGCCCGCGGGGGAGCUCCACAGCCCGCGAGGAGAGGAGCGCGGGCUGGGCGCCGGUCAGAGGGACCCACUUCACCUCCGGCAGCAGCGGCGGGAGCUCCGCUCACUCCCUCAGCCUGCAGAGCCGCAGCCCCCGGCUCAGGGCGGAGCACCAACACGCCGCCAGGGAGAUCAUCGAGAAGAGCAGAGAGGAGCUGGCUUCUGUGCUUAAAGCCCAUCCAGCCAUUAAACCCACACUGGCCAUCAUACAGGCUGGAGAAGAUGACAUUCUGCUGGAGAUGAAUACGAUGAUGGCUGAAAAGGUUGGCCUGAAUGUGAUGCAAAUAUGUCUGCCACGCCACUGCACUGAGGAGGAGGUCAUAGAGGAGGUUCUGCGUCUAAAUGAGGACCAGAAUGUUCAUGGUGUGUUCCUGUGUCUUCCUCCAUCCAUCCUCUCCCGGAGAAUACUCAACACCAUCAAACCUGAGAAAGACGUAGAUGGGGUUUCAGAUUUGAACGUGGGGCGCCUGGUUUCUGGAGCUCUAUCAGAAGGGUUUCCCUCACCUGUAGCAGGAGCUGUGCUAGAACUGCUGUCCAGACAGGAUGCUUCACUGGCUGGGAAAAGGGCAGUGCUGGUUGGCCUAGAAGGGCCUCUGAAGGUGAUCCUCCAGUACCUCCUGCAGGAUGCUGGAAUGGAAGUGCAGACCAGCCGAUGGGCCGCAGACAAUCUACAGAAGCAGAUCAAGCAAGUCGAUGUAGUUGUGGUGAUGGGGACUGAAAACACUGAUCUGCUACCUAUCUCAGUCAAGCCAGGAGUAACAGUCAUUAACUGUGGUUCUGCCUUUAUGCCAGAGAUCUCAGCUGCUGAGGAGAGAGCGAGAGAAGCUGAAUGCUGGACUGAGAUUGGCCCGAUAAAUGCUGCCUUAAGGAUGCAGAAUGUGGUGAGGAGCAGUGUGAGAUGGGUAGAGAAUCAGCAGUAUCAGACAUGGACACUCCGCCCCCUGAAGCUCCAGCCACUGUCUCCUGUGCCUAGUGAUAUCGAGAUCUCCAGAGCUCAAACCCCAAAACCCAUAGUGCAGCUGGCUGAGGAGAUUGGCCUGCUGCCGGAGGAACUGGAGGCUUAUGGGCGCACCAAGGCCAAGGUCCGCCUCUCUCUGCUCACACGCUUGCAGAACCAGCCCAAUGGCAAAUACGUCCUGGUGGCAGGCAUCACUCCUACACCUCUUGGAGAAGGCAAAAGCACUGUGACCAUUGGUCUGGUCCAGGCACUUUCUGCUCACCUCAAGCUCAACUCCUUCGCUUGCUUGAGACAGCCGUCUCAAGGUCCCACAUUUGGAGUCAAAGGAGGGGCUGCAGGAGGGGGCUAUGCGCAAGUCAUUCCCAUGGAAGAGUUUAAUCUUCACCUCACUGGUGAUAUCCAUGCCAUAACAGCAGCCAACAACCUUGUGGCAGCAGCAGUUGAUGCCCGCAUCCUGCAUGAAGCUACACAGUCAGACAAGGCUUUAUACAACAGACUAGUGCCUUCUGUGAAUGGAGUGAGACGCUUUUCUCCCAUCCAGCUGGGCAGACUGCAGCGUCUUGGAAUCAACAAAUCUGAUCCCGGCACCCUCACGCCAGAGGAGGUCCGCUCCUUUGUCCGCCUUGACCUUGACCCAGCAAAAGUCACUUGGCAGAGAGUGGUAGACACCAACGACCGUUUCCUGCGGAAGAUCACAGUCGGCCAGGCAAACACAGAGAAAGGCCACAGCCGACAGACACAGUUUGACAUUGCAGUGGCCAGUGAGAUCAUGGCUAUCCUGGCCUUAACUGAUGGGCUGGCUGACAUGAAGUCCAGGCUUGGCCGCAUGGUAGUAGGGAGCAGUCGGAGUGGACAGCCAGUUACUGCAGAUGACCUGGGUGUGACCGGUGCUCUUGCAGUGCUGAUGAAAGAUGCCAUCAAACCCACCCUGAUGCAAACGCUGGAGGGCACACCAGUGUUUGUGCAUGCUGGACCAUUCGCCAACAUUGCCCAUGGCAACUCCUCUGUUCUGGCAGACCAACUUGCUCUUAAACUGGUUGGAGAGGACGGCUUUGUGGUAACUGAGGCAGGUUUCGGAGCUGACAUUGGUAUGGAGAAGUUCUUCAACAUCAAGUGUCGUGCUUCUGGACUAAAGCCUGAUGUUGUGGUGUUGGUUGCCACCAUCAGAGCACUGAAGAUGCAUGGAGGAGGUCCCAGUGUAACAGCAGGGGUGCCAUUGCCGAAAGAAUACAUUGAUGAGAAUCUACAGCUGGUUUCUGAGGGCUGCAGUAAUCUGAAGAAGCAGAUUGAGAUCGCCCGUCUGUUUGGAGUUCCGGUGGUGGUGGCUCUUAACGUCUUUAAGACUGACACAGAGGCGGAGGUUGACCUUGUGUGCCGCAUCGCAGAGGCUUCUGGGGCAUCAGCUGCUGUGCCGUGUCAUCACUGGACCCGCGGUGGGCGGGGCUCUGUGGAGCUGGCUCGCGCUGUCAAGGAAACUGCAGCACAGGAGAAUGAUUUUCACUUCCUCUACAGCUUGCAGACGCCUAUAGUGGAGAAAAUUCGCACAAUCGCACAGAAGGUUUAUGGAGCCGACGACAUUGAGUUGUCGCCUGAAGCCCAAGCUAAGAUUGAAUAUUACAAUCAACAGGGCUUUGACACCCUGCCGGUUUGCAUGGCCAAGACCCACUUGUCACUCUCUCACAUGCCUGACAAGAAGGGUGUGCCCACUGGUUUCAUUCUGCCAAUCAGAGAUGUCCGAGCCAGCAUUGGGGCGGGGUUUAUCUACCCACUGGUUGGAACAAUGAGCACCAUGCCAGGCCUGCCCACGAGACCCUGUUUCUAUGACAUCGACCUUGAUCCAAAUACCGAGGAGAUAACCGGGCUGUUCUGAGCUUCCUGGCAGAAAGAUUCAGAAAGUCACGUCGUCAAAUUUCGUCCAGGCAGACAGUUCAAGUGACUUCUAUUAAACCUACAGCCUUCAGCCCUAUGGCACCAUAUACCAAUUCCCUAUCAGAUGAAUCAGAAGAGCUUUUUUUUGCAUUCAUGAUGCACACAUUGUUUGGAAACCAAUUAUGCGCACAAUGAAAUGAAGAUUAAUUUAAAAUCUUUUUAUUAUUUUUUUGACCAAACUUUUACUAUGUAUGCGAGAAAAUAGUUAACUCCAGUUAAUGCAAUUUAAGUUUUAUCAACUUUUUUUAAGUUCUUUUUUAAGUUCUGUUAGUAAGUUUUCUGUGAACAGUCUGAAUGUUACUGUAGAAGAGUAAUUAUAGUGUUAUUGUUUAUGAUUUUUGAAAUGUAAGAAAUGUUCAUUCUUACCGGGCAAAGCAUUUCAGUUUACCGUAUUUUUCGGACUAUAAGGCGCACUUAAAAACUUUUAAUUUUCACAAAAAUUGACAGUGCGUCUUAUAAUACGGUGCGCCUUUUGUAUGGAUUUUACUCGUCAGGUUGUAAGGAGCAGUAAACACACACUCCGUGCAGCGUUAUACAGAGUUUUAGUGCUAUACAGAGUCCAGAGCCGUGCAGCUCCGAGGCUGAGCAGCAAUAGCAUUAGCUAGAUGCUAACCGCUAAGCUAGCUAGCUUAUUCACUGAGAUCAGUAUUAUCUAAAUUUUACUCGUCAGGUUGUAAGGAGCAGUAAACACACACUCCGUGCAGCGUUAUACAGAGUUUCAGUGCUAUACAGAGUCCAGAGCCGUGCCGCUCCGAGGCUGGAGCAGCAAUAGCAUUAGCUAGAUGCUAACCGCUUAGCUAGCUAGCUUUUUCACUGUUCAGAGAUCAGUAUUUUCUAAAUUUAGCACUUUUAAUACUGCUGGAGCAGUAUUAUUAGAGUUAGAUGCUAAUCGCUAAGCAUUCACCGUUCAGAGGUGAGUUAUCGGCCUGUAAGUCUGUGCUGCUUUGCCUGGCUAGCAUUAGCUAGAUGCUAAGCGCUAACUCUCUCAGAGGUGAGUUUUAUCAGCCUGUAACCUUAAUCUGUUUGUUUACCGUGUUAAAACAAGCUACGGGGGACGAAUCGCUAGCUAAUAUCUCACUGUCUUACCAGAACACGCAGGAUUACUCAGUGUAACGCUGUCGUUUAAGUUUGGGUUAACUUUACUAGUUUAGGUGACUAGCUAGCGUGCUAGCGGAUAGCUAUGCUAACGCUGGUGCAGCAAGCCUUAGUGGACAUCUGGAAAUCUAAGCUUACUGUAAAUAAACUGAAGCACGUUACUCACCCAAAUAAACAGUUUUCAGGAGAGGAAUCUGUGUAGAUUAAUAUCCAGCACUCGUUUGACUUUGAAAGAGCUAGAUUUAUAUAUACUGAGACGCUCCACCGGCAAGCGACCACCCCCGGUGGGGGAAGGGAAACAUGGCGCCACCCCUGUUCACUUUGAUAUAGGCACCCUUUCUAGUGUCACUUAACGCGCCUUAUAAUGCGAUGCGCCCUAUGUAUGGAAAAAUAGCAGAAAAUAGGCGUUCUUUGAUAGUGCGUCUUAUAAUACGGUGCGCCUUAUAGUCCGAAAAAUACGGUAAUUCAUAGUGUCAAGAUCUAAUUUUAUCCUCAGCCUUUUGAAAACUGCCAAUUCUCUGUAUUUUUAUAUAACUUAGCAUUAACCAGUUGUUUUUUUAUGUUGUUAUGUUUUUUCUUCCUGUGAACUGUAUUACGCACAAUGCCUCACAGGCAAGUCUUUACACUUCCUAACAGCAGUGCCAAAAUAAUUGAUAUCUUAAUAUCUUAAUCGCUGUGUGAACUAUGUUUAUUAAUAAACAAAUAAAGUUGACUAAAGAGUUGCUUUUAUUUACCCCUCAA